AUGUCUCGAUUCGCUAACAAAUCCGUGGUCGUCACCGGGGGAGCCCAGGGACUGGGAAGAGCUAUCGCCAAGGCGUUCGUCGACGAGGGUGCCACAGUGGUCAUCUGCGAUUUCAAUGCGUCUCUGCUGCAGGACGCGGUCGCUGCGCUGGGCCCCACUGCCCACUCCAUCGUCGCGGACAUUACAAACACGCAGCAAGUGAAGGCCGUCGUCGAUCUCGCCGUCUCCAAGACAGGACGGCUGGACGUCUGGAUCAACAACGCGGGAGUCAUGGAUCGCUUCGAGCCCGUGGGCAGCGUCGCGCGCGAGACAUGGGACCGCGUCGUCGGCAUCAACCUCACCGGCACAUUUAUCUGCCUAGACGAGGCGGUCAAAGCUAUGCUGGCGCAGUCCCCCGCCGGCGGUGCCAUUCUCAAUGUGGCAUCCGCAGCCUCAGUUCGAGGCGGGGCCGCCGGCGCAGCAUACACGGCGAGCAAACACGGCGUAAUCGGGUUGACGAAGAACACGGCCGCGUUUCUAGGCAAGAAGGGUAUCCGCUGCAAUGCAAUCCUGCCGGGCGGUAUGGCUACGAGCAUCGUCGACCCGAAUGGUGGAUUGAAUAUGGAGUUCAUGGCCGUCUUGCGCUCGACGAUGGCGAUGGAGCCGCCAAUGAAUAAACUCGAGGAUGUCGCCAAAUUUGUUCUCGCGCUGAGCGAGGAUGGCCCGCUGAAUGGUGCUUGCGUUCCUGUCGAUGGAGGGUGGGCUGCCUACUAG